AUGGCACGACGGUUAAGAUUGCAUUUUGCAGCCCGAAGGAGCAACACUGAUCCAUUAUCAGAAAUCUCUGGAGAUGGUUUGGAUGGUAACAUUCAUGUGUAUUUCCAAAGACCUUCUCAGAAUUCUGCAUCUGAUAUUAUACAAAUUAAGGUGACUCCCAGGCAAGCUGUCUUUCCAACGGUAAUGCAGGAAAUAAUUAAUCAACAGCAGCAUUCAACUGUUUCUUCAUUGCAAAAGAACAACAAAAAGAGCACCUCACUGCAGAUUUCCCUGCAGUCUAGAAGGUAUAGUGAAUGUUUUCAAUCUGAUACAGUAGUUGCUAGUGAAGACACUUUCAUCAGUGUUGGUAAUGAAGGAAAUGCUUGUAACAGGAAUAUGGCUGAUUACAGAUCUAAUAUGCUAAACAGUAGCAGCCAUUUGAGCAAUGCUGCCAUGUGCACUGGCAAUCUUGGUGGUAUUGCAGCGAAUAACAGUGGAUCCUUUAGUAGCACUGGCAGUGACUAUGAAUCGUGUGCAAGUAUCACUAGUGAUGGAGGCUCAUACAGCAACAGUAUAAUCAGUGACAGUAGUAGUUGCACUCUUUCCAGUGGUGAUGAUAUCUGUAGCAGUAUUGUAUAUAGUACUUCUUCGUAUAGAAGCACAGCAAACAAAUGUAAUUCCUAUAGGAACAAUAUAUAUCAGGAAGCUUUAUGUAGAAGUAAAAAUACUACUUUUGAUCAAGAUGGUUUGGAACAAGUGAAAUUGCCAAUGAGGAGGAAAACUAAAAUUCCACUACGACGUUUUUCAUCAUUGGUAAUCUUUCCUAGGAGUCCUUCCACUACCCCACCAACUUCUCCAACAUGCUUGGAUCCUCUACCAAACAGGGGAUCUUAUCAAACAUCACAUCAGUUUGUUAUUUCUCCUACUGAACUGGCACAAAAUGAAGAUCAAACAACUUCUUCUAAAGGGUUCCUUUCAACAGCAGUCAAUGGACUUCGACUAUCUAAAACCAUUUGCUCUCCUGGUGAAACUAGAGACAUUAGACCACUUUACUUGAAUAGUUCAUUACAGGACAAAAAUCAGGCUGCAAGUAGCGCUGAGCAGACAACUUGUGAAAAAACAUCCAACAGCUUCCCUUGUAUUUCAGUUCAUUUCACUCAGCAAAGAGAAUCUGCAUCAAGGGAUGAAACGGUUAAUGGUUGCUACAGUCCAGAGUUAUCAGAAAAGGAAUUAAGUUUGUACUCUGAUGCAAAGUACCCUAAUUUAAAACUGAUACGCAGCACAUCUGCAUGUUUACCGUCAAAAAAACAUUGUGAGUAUCAGAUUCUUAUAAACGAAUUAGAAAGACCAAAUACACAAAUGAGGACAACCCACCAUAUUCUGCAAAGAAGUGUUUCAUUAGAAGGAUCUUGUCAAAAAGUUUCUUGCUGUUUAUCCAGUCUUAAAUACAAGUGUCCUAAGGCAGAGACAUCCCAGUUGCACAUACAGUUCACACCUGGAAAUGAAGGAAAAACUAGUGGCUUUCCAAAAAAUAGCAACAGAGAUUGCAAGUCAACAUUGAAGUCUUCAUGUAAGACAGAAAAUCCAAAUAUGGAGAGACCAUACACCUUUAAAGAUUUUGUUCUUCAUCCAAGAAGUCACAAGUCAAGAGUUAAAGGUCACCUAAGGUUAAAAAUGACGUACUUACCUAAAAACAAUGGGUCUGAAGAAGAAAACACAGAACAGGUGGAAGACCUGGAGCCUGGCUGGAUUAUAUUGGACCAACCGGAUGCUGCUUGCCAGCAGCAACAGGAAUCUCCUCCUCUACCUCCAGGCUGGGAAGAAAGACAAGAUAUCCUUGGUAGGACCUACUAUGUCAACCAUGAAUCUAGACGAACUCAAUGGAAAAGACCAACUGCUCAGGACAAUCUAGCUGAUGUUGACAAUGGUAAUAUUCAUUUGGAGGCACAGCAUGCAUUCACCCAUCGGCGACAGAUAACAGAGGAAACAGAAAAUCUAGACAACAGAGAUUCUCCUGAGAGCUGGGAAGUUAUAACUGAAGAUGAGGCCACUAUGUACAGCAAUCAGAAUCUUCAAACACUACUGCCACAGAGCAGCUCUGAUAUGCAGUCUCACCUUGCAGAAGAAUUGAAUACUAGACUUACUACCUCUGGGAGUCCAGCCACUGGCCAAUCAACUUCCUGCAGUAACCAUUCCAGCAGAAGAGGUAGCCUGCAAACAUACAGAGUUGAGGAACAGCCUGCACUUCCUGUGUUACUCCCUACUUCAUCUGGAUUACCUCCAGGUUGGGAAGAAAGGCAAGAUGAAAAAGGAAGAUCAUAUUAUAUAGAUCACAAUUCCAGAACGACUACCUGGGUAAAACCUGUUGUGCAGACUACAAUAGAAACAAGUCAACUAUCAGUUGUCCAAAGUGCUCCUACAGGACGUCAACCGCAAACAUCAAGUGAUUCAUCAGAACAGUCUUCUAAUCAACAAUCUGAAGUAGAGCAAGGAUUUCUCCCUAAAGGCUGGGAAGUCCGACAUGCACCAAAUGGGAGACCAUUCUUUAUUGACCACAAUACCAAAACUACUACAUGGGAAGAUCCAAGAUUGAAAAUUCCAGCUCAUCUUAGGAAAAAGACAUCUCUAGAUCCUGUAGAUUUAGGCCCCUUGCCACCAGGAUGGGAAGAGAGAACUCACACUGAUGGAAGAAUAUUCUACAUAAACCAUAAUACAAAAAAAACACAAUGGGAAGAUCCUCGAUUGCAGAAUGUAGCAAUAACUGGACCAGCUGUGCCUUAUUCCAGGGAUUACAAACGAAAGUAUGAAUUCUUCAGAAAGAAGUUGAAGAAGCAGAGUGAUAUUCCAAACAGAUUUGAAAUGAAACUUCACCGUACAACAAUCCUUGAAGAUUCUUACAGAAGAAUUAUAGCUGUAAAGAGAGCAGAUUUCCUUAAAGCAAGACUCUGGAUUGAGUUUGAUGGAGAAAAAGGCUUAGAUUAUGGAGGAGUGGCCAGAGAAUGGUUCUUCCUUCUCUCUAAAGAAAUGUUUAAUCCCUAUUAUGGAUUGUUUGAAUAUUCUGCCACAGAUAACUACACUCUGCAGAUCAAUCCAAACUCUGGAUUGUGCAAUGAAGAUCAUCUCUCAUACUUCAAGUUUAUAGGACGUGUAGCUGGAAUGGCCGUUUACCAUGGCAAGUUGCUGGAUGGCUUUUUUAUUCGACCUUUUUACAAGAUGAUGCUUCAAAAACCAAUAACACUUCAUGAUAUGGAAUCUGUGGAUAGUGAAUAUUACAAUUCUCUGAGAUGGAUUCUUGAAAAUGAUCCAACAGAAUUGGAUCUCAGGUUUAUUGUUGAUGAAGAACUCUUUGGACAGACCCAUCAACAUGAGCUAAAAAGUGGUGGAUCAGAAAUAGUUGUCACCAACAAGAACAAGCGGGACUACAUUCAUCUUGUAAUUCAAUGGAGAUUUGUGAGUAGAGUCCAGAAGCAGAUGGCUGCCUUUAAAGAGGGGUUUUUUGAACUAAUAUCUCAAGAUCUAAUCAAAAUUUUUGAUGAAAAUGAACUAGAGUUACUAAUGUGUGGACUGGGAGAUGUGGAUGUGGCUGACUGGAAGCUAUAUACAAAAUAUAAAAAUGGCUACAGCAUAAAUCACCAAGUUAUACAGUGGUUUUGGAAGGCAGUGUUAAUGAUGGAUUCUGAGAAGCGAAUAAGAUUACUUCAAUUUGUCACUGGCACAUCCCGUGUACCUAUGAAUGGAUUUGCUGAGUUAUAUGGUUCAAAUGGACCACAGUUGUUUACGGUUGAACAGUGGGGCACCCCUGAAAAACUGCCAAGAGCUCAUACCUGCUUUAACCGCUUGGAUUUGCCUCCAUAUGAGUCAUUUGAAGAUUUAUGGGACAAACUUCUCAUAGCAAUUGAAAAUACUCAGGGUUUUGAUGGGGUUGAUUAGGCCACAGAAUUCAACAUGCUAUGUUGUUCCAGUGCUGCGAUUUCUUUUCAAGGGUUUACAAACAAUUUAAAUAUUUCCAGGGAACCUACUGUUCAUUCAGUUAUUUGGCUAUUGAACUUUCAUAGUGUAAUUUGUAAAACAAAUAAGUGUUAAAAAUUCACCAACGCUCUUAAAUACAUUUUGCCAUUUUCAGUAAUACGUAUUUUAUUAGUGCCCACAAAAUGUAUAGUGGGUAACUUAACCCCACCAAUGACUCAAAGAGUAAAAUGUCUUUCAACAAUUACCUCUUCUACAGUAUUUGCCAGAUUGUCCUACAUUAAACUACUGAAAGUAAAACUGUGAAAGAGUGUUUGCAAAUGUACAUUUGAAACAUUGCUGCUCUUUUGAAGAGUAACUGAAAUGAUUAAACGGUUUGAGGAAAUUCAGUAUAAUGCAAUAUCCUAUUCUGUGCUGCUUCAGACUGUUUACGACAGAUCUGCCCAAAGCACCUUAUUGUUUAGUAUAUUGGGUAAAACAUUGGAAAGUAUUUGCAUUUCUUACUCAUGUCAGCUUGCAGAAUAUUAACUGACUUAUAUAAGGUUUUUUUAAGAAUUCUGUUUCAACUUGCUUUUGUUAAAAUGCAGUUUGACAAAACAAGGAACUUUUGUAAGACACUUAAGUAGCAUAUUUCUGAAUUGUAAUAAGAAAUUAUAUUCUUUUGUCUGAAUUCAUAUGCUAUCAUUGAUUUCUUGAGUUUUCAUCACGUUUUUGAUAAAUGUUAACAAUGGAUAAUAUUUCAGUUCAGCCUUUUGCAACAAAAUAAAUCUUAAAGCAGAAUUUGUCUGAAUACCACAGAGUAUUAACUAAAACUGACAGUUAAAUGCCUUUGUUAUCCAUUCUUGCAGUCUUGCACAACAAAACAGUAAGGACAUGUUUACAGGGUUUUAUGGGCCAAAUUCAGCCAUCUGAUAUGUGCAAACUUUACUGACAUCAAUGGGAAUUGGGCAUAUGAAUCCAGGAGCAGAAUUUGGCCCUAUAAUAUGUUUACAGGUUAUGCUAGUUUCUAUAGCUGCAUUUUUAUAUUUUUUAUUUCUUCUCUGUUAGUCUAGAAACCAAAUUUGUUAAUACGGUAUAACCAAAGUCAUAGCCAAUAAUGUGUAAUUUAUUGUAGGUCAGCUCUUAUAAACUUAGCUUGAUGUGUUUUGUACAUGUGGAUAUUUUGAUAUGAGUGUCAGCACUGGUUAUUUUGGCAAGUGCUGGUUAAAAUGAUUAUCAAACAGAAUUCUGAAAAAUGUAUAGGGUUACAUGCCUGGCUUGCUUUAAUUUGAACAUUUUGUUAACCAAUAUGAUCUCGAGGCAAUUACAGUACAUAGCUUUGGCCAGCAAUUUUUUAUUCAGUCACUGUCUUUUAAAUAUGCAAAAACAAAAGUGUAGGUCAUCUCUAAAAAGACAUGUAAAUUAUAUAACACAUGUAAUAGGUCUUAAGGGAUAUUUAAAAUCCCACUUUGUUUUAUUCUUCUUUAAAUUGGUCUUUAAUGCUGAGUAUUACAUGUAAAUAUAAAGUAACUUAUACAAAAUUCUGAUAAUCUAGAUGCAGUUUUGUAAAACUUGGAAUGAUAUAUCAGUAAUUCUGUAUAGAUUUGAAUGUAGCAGUAUUUGUUGCAUACUUUAAAAUAUAAAAUAUUCACAAAUAAAGAUCCUGAAGCAGUAAAUAAAAAUUUAUUCUAAUAAAGAAAUUGUGAUUCAUUGAAUUCAAAUUCAAGUCAAGAAGCUUAAAGAAGCACCUAGUUGUCAGUUCAGAUUUGUUAAUGUAUUGAGAAGACCUGUGACUAUCGUCCCCCAUCCCCAAGAUGCACUCAAAUAACUUGGAUGGAUAAUUUUCACCAUUAAUUGCAUGACUAGGUAUGGAAGCAUUACACAUAGGAAGAUUUUAGGGUGAAGCUGUGGUUCCACUGAAGUUUUGCCACUGACUUCAAUGGGACCAGGAUUUAGUUAGCCCUUAAUCUUAAAAGGAUAUUGGACUAAAUGAACCAAAGAUCUGACCUGGCUUGACAUUUUCUGGUCACCUAGAAGAACACAAUCUGUUCUGAGCUUGAACAAAGUAACUAAACUUCAAUUAAAACAUAUUUGAUGCGUUUGAAUUUUCCAUGUUGAUUUUGUAUGGAUUGGGUGCAUAUGCACAGAAUGACCUUUCCAAAAUGACUACUUUUUUUUUUCUUUUUUUUUUUUUUUUAAAUACCUUGUCUCACUCUUUUUGGAUCCCUUUAGCAAAAAAACAGCUACACUAUUUGGCUCACACAUUAUAGCUGCUAAAUUGGACAAUAACAAUUAGAAGCAAGUACCCUUUUUACUCUUUAUUUUAAAAGUUACUGUUAAAUACCUCAGUUCCAUCUUGUAUUUGUAAGUGUUGACACUAUUUUCACUAUGUAAGUUACUAUGAACAUAUUUUCCACCCAGAAAUUAGUUGACACAGUGUGUCAGACAAAGCAGAUAUUUUCUGCAUAUGACUUAGGACAGUGGUUCUCAACCAGGGGUACGUAUGCAGGUAUGUAGAGAUCUUCCAGAGGUACAUCAACUCAUCUAGAUAUUUGCCUAGUUUUAAAACAGGCUACAUAA